UCUUAAACUUCUUCCCUUGAUACCGCUUCCAGAAUCUAAUCUUUAAUUCAAUAUGUGCGCUAAUUUUUUAGAUAAAGAAAAUAUCUGUAACUUCUCCUCGGUGCCGGGACGAUUGUGCUUACAAUGGUAAAGGAAGAACAACCGGCCGUCAGUAUAGUAGAUAUCGUUAGUAAUGGUAUCCGCCAGUGGUUGGACGCGCAUGGUUAUCAUGGGUUCUCGCAUAUACUACAGUGGAACCCCUUCAAGAGUUGGCCUCUUGGUGCAGCAGUUGUACGGGAACCACGAAAUUCCGGCCAUGAGCAUUCUCGUUUCUUCUCUAUUCCUACCGAAAGUCUGACAGUAGAAUUGAACGUCCAUCUGUGACACGGUUCUCAGCAUCAAUCCGCUUCGUUGCAUUAAAACGACGACUACAUUAUGUAAUUAUCUGCGCCAAAGAUAAGAAGUGUGGCCUAUGUUUUUUAAUGCAUAGUUCUUGUCCGCGGCUCAGUCAGUCGUGUUCGUUGUGUUAUACACACGUGUCGAGUGAGUCAGACGUCGCGUACUAUACCGAUGCUCCCUUGUAACAAGUAAAUACUACUCUUAUCAGGCGGCAGACUGUUAUCUGUAAUUUAUAUUCCGUAGUGCAGCCCCAAGUUGUGCUCAUUCUCCAAAAACAGGAUUGAAUGACUCAAGUGACAGUGGCUGAACAGUAUGGCAGCGGUCGGCCUUUAACUCGAAGGAAAUUCUUGUGUCAGCGCGUGCAAACUAGAUUGUUUGAAGGAUGACUCAGUCGAGCGAAUACAUUUAUAAAGAAUGACUCCUUGUCGCGUUACAUUUUCGUUUUUUUCGUUCUAACAUCGGCCGCGACGUCGAACCAGCCAGCAGAACAUUGACAUUGACAGACAGGUGGUACUUGUCAUUUUCUCCUCGUCUCGUUAGACGUUCACGAUGUUCGCGACGUUGAAAAAUAAAAUACGAGAGGAAAUUGGGAAUGACGUGUCAGCUGUCGUUAGAAAUGCCGGCAACGUGCGCGGUAUUAACUCGAGGCAUAUGUCUCAGACUGGAUCCACAAGCAGUAUCAGUGGGUCUCAGAUUUCGUUAGAUGGUUCACGUGAGGAAAACGCAGCUUCUCCUUCACCACCUAUUUCAUUGAGGAAAGACAAUAGUUUCGAUCUUAAGUUAAAUGACGGCAUGCAACUUUCUGCCAAGGACAUCAAAAGGCUUGAGAGUAGGGAAGACGAAUGGCGAAGAAGGCUGGCUAAAAAGGAAGCGGAAAUGCUUAAACGAAUGGAGAAGAAGGAGGAAGAAUGGAAAGUGAGACUGUUUGAAAAGGAGAAAGAGUGGAAAAAGGUGGUUGAGAAACAAGAGAAGGAAAAGAGUAAAGUAGAAGAGGAAUUGAAAAAUGUGGAAAGCACAAAACUAUCGUUGGAAUUAGCUCUUAAGGAUGCUGAAGAGUAUAAAAAGAAAUUAUAUAGCUUUCAAGAAGACGCUGAACAACUGGAAGGUUUCCAAACUCAAGAAAUGGCAAAGAUAAAGCACCUCCUGCUGGCGAAAGAGCAAGAAGUAGACGAAAAGACACACAAUUUGAAAGCAGCGAACGCAGAGAUUGAAAGCUUAAAGAGUGAAGUCUCUCGCCUGAGGAGAUACGAAGAUGAAUUGAACAGUGUACAGGAUGAAAUGGAGACGCUGCGGCAUUCUACUCAACGCGAGAGAGCUCAGCUGUCCUGUCAACUGGCGCAGACCGAAGAAGAAGUGCGUCACCUGAAGGACAAGGUUUUCCUGUUAGAACAGAGAAUCGCUUUAGAGAGCAACGAUCAGGUGACCGUGGACGAAAGAAUAGCCGACCUAAUGAGGGAACGGGCGCUGCUAGAGAGGAAGUUAGAAGAAGCGCACCUUCAUCUGUCCGAUAUAAAGACCAGCUGGUCUGGGAAGAUAUCCAGCUUGGAAACGCAAGUCGGGAGGCUUAGCAGGCAAGCCGGCGAAGAGGGUUUAGAGAGGAGGCGCGUCGAAGAAGAGAACGAAAGGCUGAAGCAAAGGAUCAAGCAGCUAGAGGCUGAAAUAGAGGUGAACAAUGUUGUCAUGGCGACUAAAGAUGCCAAGCUUUUGCGCAUGGCAGAGGACAUCGACGAGAUGGCCACGGAACUGAAAGAGCUCCGGGCCAGCGUCGAUGAUGAGGUGGACGAAUUUAAACGGCAAAUUGAAUCAUCUUCAAAGGAGAUUGCGCAACUUAAGCAGGAUUUGGAGGAUGCAACGACGAAACUCUCUUCUGCUACGUCGGAACUUGCUCAAGUUCGGCUGUCUGUGGAAGGAGAACGAACGAGCAAUUCUUCCUUGCAUUUGGAAGUGGCACGUUUACGGGAAGACCUGGAAACUGAGCGCACGGCGUCGGCGACGUUGAAGGUUUACUUAGAGAAAGAACGGAACGAAAAAGACACUGCGCUCAUAAGAAAUGCUCAAGUUUCCCAGGAUAUAGAAAUCGUGAAACAGGAGAAUCGCCGGCAAGAAAUCGAGAACAUUGAAUUACAAAAUAGGAUAGAUGCCCUGGAGCGAAGUUUAGAAAGCAAGAACAAAGAAGUGGAGCAAGCCGUGGCAACCUUAGAAGAGACGAAACAGAGAACGAUGGAAUUGGAAGAAGUGGAACAAAAUAGAAAGAAGAUGGAGAGAAGCGAGAAACAGCUUAAGAGCAGUCUGAUGGAUCUAGAAGAGCAAUUGAACGAGAAGACUAAGACGAUCAAAGUCUUGCAACAACGAUUAGCGGACAUGAAGAAGACUCUUCAACGAGAGUUGAGAGUUCCUUCUGCAUCGUUAGAUAGUGACGCCGAACCAUCUGCGGCGAUUCUCAAGCCAAGCUCGUCGAAGACGGUCACUGCCAGACAAAAUAAUACGAGGGAGGAGGAUGUUAACUUCAAAUAUCUUAAACACGUUCUCAUAAAGUUCCUAACGAGCAGGGAAUAUGAGGCUCUUCACUUAACGAGAGCAGUCGCUACUCUGUUGCACUUCUCGCCCGAGGAGGAGCGAUUGUUGCAAGAGACGUUAGAAUGGAAAAUGUCGUGGUUCGGUACCCGGCCUAAUCUAGGUUUUGGUCAAACUGCCAAGGCUAUACCGCCUAGCUGAUAGCUGAAACAUAUCUCCUUUCCUGUAGGUAUAUUAAAAGUAGCCACGGAUUCGUGGUUGAAGUCGAGAAGUUGGCUCGCGUCGAUGAUCAAUCGGAAAUGAUCGUGGGUUACCUUUGGAAAGGCACAGGGGGAAACGUUUGUAAGCUAGAGAUUUCAUAACUUUUGUAAUAUACUUAGCAUUUAUAAUAUGUGUAUAAUUUAUUCGCAAGGGCUACGAACAUUGAUCAUAGGCGAGUAUUAAAUAAGGGAAUAUUAGUAUCAAAUGUUAUUUAGAUAAAUUUCUAAGUCGAUUAUAACUAGGGAAACUCUGAUACUCGUUGCAUGCUGUUUAGUUAUAAAACGAGUUAGUACAGAUCUAUACAUGUAACGUGUAUCGUGCGUUCCUGUCGUAUUCAAACGCUAGAGUACACAAUCAUUUUGCGGUGUUUAAUAUUUAAAAAUUAUAUACCCGUUUCUGUAUACGAUUAUGCGAUGAUACCAGCCAUUUCAUUACUAAAUCUAAUAUUAUUUGGCUUUUUUAUAUAAUCAGACUUUCAGCAGAGAUAAUUUCGUUUUACUUUAUGAGUUCAUGAAUCGAAGUAGUUUUCGAAUCAUCAGAUAUCUGAUUUUAUUUUAGAUAUUAAUAUGUACAUUAAUUUUGCAUAAAAAACUAUUGUUUCAUUGUCCUAUUUAAAUUACAAUUACUCAAUGUGAAUUAUAUACUUUUGAUUGUGCCAUCGUCAUAUGAUGGAAGCAACUUAUAAUUUUUUAAAAUGGAAUUUAAUAUUCUUCAACUAUGGCUGCAGGUCGAUUGUAAAUGUAUAAUAGUAGGCGAAAAACUUGCCUUGAGUUCGGUGAUAACGAAACUAGAUCCAUUGCCAUAAGUAUUAUUUCUGGUAUAAACGUUGUCGUAUUCAUACUUGUAAAUAGUACGAACGAUGUUUCUAUAUGCCUGAUUAAAGAACACAAGAUCGAACGAUUUUUUUAUCAAACGGUUCAUUUCAUUCUUUUAUUUGUUGUUAAAAACUUUAUCUCUUUGAUUGUACUGAGAUUUUCUGAAUCGUUUUAUCGAUCAUGUCAAUGUAUCGUUUAUUAUAAGAUAUUGAACUUUCGAAUUAAAAGAUUGUUUGAAUAAAAAGGACACUUUAAUAUUAUAUGACGUCGAGGAAUAAAUCAAAUUGUUGCACAUUA